AUGACAACAUUCGGAUUAAAUCGUUUCAAACGUAUAAUUGGUGGACAAUCUGUCCCACGUGGUACGUAUCCAUGGGCAGCAUCAAUUCAAGCUAAACGACAUACAUCGUGGUCAACAUUAGUUACAGGAUCCGAACAACACUACUGUGGUGCAGCUUUAAUUAAACCUGAUUGGAUAAUUACAGCAGCGCAUUGUUUAUACGACAGUGGAGAAGAUGAUGAAAUUAUCAGCUAUCUACAUCCAAAAAUGUGGCAUGUACGAAUGGCAACUGAAAAACUAAGUGUGAGUUAG